AUGUCAGUUUUAAUAUCUCAGAGUGUAAUAAAUUAUGUAGAAGAAGAAAACAUCCCUGCGCUGAAAGCUCUUCUUGAAAAAUGCAAAGAUGUAGAUGAGAGGAAUGAGUGUGGCCAGACGCCAUUGAUGAUAGCUGCUGAACAAGGCAACCUGGAAAUAGUGAAAGAAUUAAUUAGGAAUGGAGCUAAUUGUAAUCUGGAAGAUUUGGAUAACUGGACAGCACUUAUAUCAGCAUCAAAGGAAGGGCAUGUGCAUAUUGUGGAAGAACUACUCAGAAGUGGGGUUAAUUUGGAGCACCGAGAUAUGGGAGGCUGGACAGCCCUCAUGUGGGCAUGCUAUAAAGGCCGCACCGAUGUCGUAGAGUUGCUUCUUUCUCAUGGUGCCAAUCCAAGUGUCACUGGUCUGUAUAGUGUUUACCCAAUCAUUUGGGCAGCAGGAAGAGGCCAUGCUGAUAUAGUGUAUCUUUUACUGCAAAAUGGUGCUAAAGUCAACUGCUCUGAUAAGUAUGGAACCACUCCUUUGGUUUGGGCUGCAAGAAAGGGUCAUUUAGAAUGUGUGAAACAUUUAUUGACCAUGGGAGCUGAUGUUGAUCAAGAAGGAGCUAAUUCGAUGACUGCACUUAUUGUAGCAGUAAAAGGAGGCUACACACAAUCAGUGAAAGAAAUUUUGAAGAGGAAUCCAAAUGUAAAUUUAACGGAUAAGGAUGGAAAUACAGCUUUGAUGAUUGCAUCUAAGGAGGGGCACACAGAGAUUGUACAGGAUCUGCUUGAUGCUGGAACAUAUGUGAACAUCCCUGAUAGGAGUGGAGAUACUGUGUUGAUUGGUGCUGUCAGAGGAGGUCAUGUUGAAAUUGUUCGAGCGCUUCUACAAAAAUAUGCUGAUAUAGACAUUAGAGGACAGGACAAUAAAACUGCUUUGUAUUGGGCUGUUGAGAAAGGAAAUGCAACAAUGGUGAGAGAUAUUUUACAGUGCAAUCCGGAUACUGAAAUAUGCACAAAGGAUGGUGAAACACCACUUAUAAAAGCUACCAAGAUGAGAAAUAUUGAAGUAGUAGAGCUGCUGCUUGAUAAAGGAGCUAAAGUAUCUGCUGUAGAUAAGAAAGGAGACACUCCUUUGCAUAUUGCUAUUCGUGGGAGGAGUCGGAAACUGGCAGAACUACUUUUAAGAAAUCCAAAAGAUGGGCGCUUACUUUACAGACCAAACAAAGCAGGCGAGACCCCUUACAAUAUUGACUGUAGCCAUCAGAAAAGUAUUUUAACUCAAAUAUUUGGAGCCCGACACUUAUCUCCUACUGAAACAGAUGGUGACAUGCUUGGUUAUGAUUUAUAUAGCAGUGCGCUGGCAGAUAUUCUCAGUGAACCUACCAUGCAGCCACCCAUUUGUGUGGGCUUAUAUGCACAAUGGGGAAGUGGGAAAUCUUUCUUACUCAAGAAACUAGAAGAUGAAAUGAAGACUUUUGCAGGACAACAGAUUGAACCUCUUUUCCAAUUUUCAUGGCUUAUAGUAUUUCUUACCCUGCUACUCUGUGGAGGGUUUGGUUUAUUGUUUGCUUUUACUGUCGACACAAAUCUUGGAAUAGCAGUGUCAUUGAGCCUGUUGGCUAUCUUAUAUAUAUUCUUUAUUGUGAUUUAUUUUGGUGGACGAAGGGAGGGAGAGAGUUGGAACUGGGCAUGGGUCCUCAGUACUAGAUUGGCAAGACAUCUUGGAUACUUGGAACUCCUCCUCAAGCUGAUGUUUGUGAACCCACCGGAACUGCCUGAACAGACUACUAAGGCUUUACCUGUGAGGUUUUUGUUUACAGAUUACAAUCGGCUGUCCAGUGUAGGUGGAGAAACAUCAAUGGCUGAAAUGAUUGCUACCCUCUCUGAUGCCUGUGAAAGAGAGUUCGGCUUUUUGGCAACAAGGCUUUUUCGAGUAUUCAAGACUGAAGAUACACAAGGUAAAAAGAAAUGGAAGAAAACAUGUUGUCUCCCAUCAUUUGUCAUCUUCGUUUUUCUCUUUGUCUGCAUUAUUGCUGGGAUUACUCUUCUGGCUAUAUUCAGAGUUGACUCAAAGCAUCUGACAGUGAAUGCGGUUCUGAUAGCUAUAGCAUCUGUAGUAGGGUUGGCUUUUGUGUUGAACUGCCGUACUUGGUGGCAAGUGCUGGACUCGCUCCUCAAUUCUCAAAGAAAGCGCCUUCAUAAUGCAGCCUCCAAACUGCACAAACUAAAAAGUGAAGGAUUCAUGAAGGUUCUUAAAUGUGAAGUGGAAUUGAUGGCCAGAAUGGCAAAAACCAUUGACAGUUUCACUCAGAAUCAAACAAGACUCGUAGUUAUCAUUGAUGGAUUAGAUGCCUGUGAACAGGACAAAGUACUUCAGAUGCUAGACACUGUCCGAGUUUUAUUUUCAAAAGGACCAUUCAUUGCUAUUUUUGCAAGUGAUCCACAUAUUAUUAUAAAAGCAAUUAACCAGAACCUUAAUAGUGUGCUUCGUGAUUCAAAUAUAAAUGGACAUGACUAUAUGCGCAACAUAGUUCAUUUGCCUGUUUUUCUUAAUUGUCGUGGACUAAGCAAUGCAAGAAAAUUCCUUGUAACUUCUACAACAAAUGGGGACAUUCCGUGUUCAGAUACUACAGGGAUGCAGGAAGAUGCUGAUAGAAGAGUUUCACAAAACAGUCUUGGGGAGAUGACAAAGCUUGGUAGCAAGACAGCCCUCAAUAGACGGGAUACUUAUCGAAGAAGACAGAUACAGCGGACAAUUACUCGGCAGAUGUCCUUUGACCUUACAAAACUGUUGGUUACUGAGGACUGGUUCAGUGACAUAAGUCCUCAGACCAUGAGAAGAUUACUUAAUAUUGUUUCUGUGACAGGACGCUUACUGAGAGCCAAUCAGAUUAGCUUCAACUGGGAUAGGCUUGCUAGCUGGAUCAACCUUACAGAACAGUGGCCUUACCGAACUUCAUGGCUCAUACUGUAUUUGGAAGAGACUGAAGGUGUUCCGGAUCUAAUGACAUUAAAAACCAUUUAUGAAAGAAUAUCAAAGAAUAUUCCAACAACUAAAGAUGUUGAACCACUUCUUGAAAUCGAUGGAGAUAUAAGAAAUUUUGAAGUAUUUUUGUCUUCAAGAACCCCAGUUCUUGUGGCUCGGGAUGUUAAAACCUUUCUGCCUUGUACUGUAAACCUAGACCCUAAACUACGGGAAAUUAUUGCAGAUGUUCGUGCUGCAAGAGACCAGAUUAAUAUUGGUGGACUUGCAUAUCCUCCACUACCUUUGCAUGAAGCUCCUCCAAGACCACCAUCAGGUUAUAGCCAGCCUCCAUCUGUUUGUUCUUCUUCCACUUCUUUUAAUGGACCAUUUGGGGGUGGAGUUGUGUCUCCACAGCCUCAUAGUAGCUAUUAUAGUGGUAUGACAGGACCUCAGCAUCCAUUCUAUAACAGGCCAUUCUUUGCCCCAUACCUUUACACGCCAAGGUAUUACCCUGGCAGUUCCCAACAUCUCAUCUCACGUCCAUCAGUAAAAACGAAUUUGCCCAGAGAUCAGAACAAUGGCCUAGAAGUUAUCAAGGAGGAUGCUGCCGAGGGGCUUUCUUCCCCCACAGACCCCUCGCGGGGGUCAGGCCAACCCUCUGGACCCAUUGUGUCGCUGAAUUCAAUGAAUGUGGAUGCUGUUUGUGAGAAACUCAGACACAUAGAGGGACUGGACCAGAGUAUGCUGCCUCAGUAUUGUGCAACCAUCAAAAAGGCAAACAUAAACGGCCGUGUGUUAGCUCAGUGUAACAUUGACGAACUGAAGAAAGAGAUGAAUAUGAAUUUUGGAGACUGGCACCUUUUCAGAAGCACAAUCCAAGAAAUGAGAAAUGCUGAAAACCAGGUUGUCCCCGAAGACCCACGUUUACUUAAUGAAAACAACAGUGGCCCCGUUCCCCAUGGCGAAGCUGCUCGGCGCUCUUCACACAACGAAUUGCCUCACACUGAACUUUCCAGUCAAACCCCCUACACAUUAAACUUCAGCUUUGAAGAACUGAAUACACUUGGCCUAGAUGAAGGUGCCCCACGUCACAGCAAUUUAAGUUGGCAGUCACAAACCCGCAGAACCCCAAGUCUUUCAAGUCUCAAUUCCCAGGAUUCCAGUAUUGAAAUUUCAAAGCUUACUGAUAAGGUGCAGGCUGAGUAUAGAGAUGCCUAUAGAGAAUAUAUUGCUCAGAUGUCCCAGUUAGAAGGGGGUACAGGUUCUACAACCAUUAGUGGCAGGUCUUCUCCACACAGUACAUAUUAUAUGGGUCAAAGCUCAUCGGGGGGCUCCAUUCAUUCUAAUCUGGAACAAGAAAAAGGGAAAGAUAGUGAACCAAAGCAAGAUGAUGGAAGGAAAGCGUUUUUAAUGAAGAGAGGAGAUGUUAUAGAUUAUUCCUCAUCAGGUGUUUCCACUAACGAUGCUUCACCCCUGGACCCUAUCACUGAAGAAGAUGAAAAGUCUGACCAGUCAGGCAGUAAACUGCUUCCCAGCAAGAAAUCUUCAGAAAGGUCCAGCCUCUUCCAGACGGACUUGAAGCUUAAGGGAGGCGGACUGCGCUAUCAGAAACUGCCAAGUGACGAAGAUGAAUCUGGGACAGAAGAAUCUGAUAAUACCCCACUGCUCAAAGAUGACAAAGAGAAAAAAGCUGAAGGAAAAGCAGAAAGAGUAUCAAAAUCUCCAGAACACAGUGCUGAGCCUAUUAGAACCUUCAUCAAAGCAAAAGAAUAUUUAUCAGAUGCACUCCUUGACAAAAAGGAUUCCUCUGAUUCGGGAGUGAGGUCCAGUGAAAGUUCACCCAAUCACUCUCUUCACAAUGAAGCUGCUGAUGAUUCCCAGCUUGAAAAAGCAAAUCUCAUCGAGCUUGAAGAUGAUCACCACAGUGGAAAACGUGGAAUUCCACACAGCUUGAGUGGUCUGCAAGAUCCAAUCAUAGCUCGGAUGUCCAUUUGUUCAGAAGACAAGAAAAGCCCUUCUGAAUGUAGCUUGAUAGCCAGCAGCCCUGAGGAAAACUGGCCAACCUGCCAAAAAGCCUUCAAUCUCAACCGAACCCCUAGUACCAUGACUCUGAACAAUAACAGUGCUCCAGCUAAUAGACCCAACCAAAAUUUUGAUGAAAUGGAAGGAAUUAGGGAUACGUCCCAAGUCAUUUUGAGGUCUAGUUCUACUUCCAAUCCAACCACCAUUCAGAAUGAAAAUCUAAAAAGCAUGACACAUAAACGAAGCCAACGCUCAAGUUACACUAGGCUCUCCAAAGAUUCUGCAGAGCUUCAUGCAGUAGCCUCUUCUGAUAGUACAGGUUUUGGAGAGGAAAGAGAAAGCAUUCUGUAA